GUAGCCACACUGCCACCUUCAGUCCCUCCCUUCACAGCAUCCUCGCCUUGCUCUCGAAUGCUCACCAGCAGUUAGGCGGGAGUGACCCCUGCGCUUCUGCCAACCACAGGCCUGUUGGGUUUAAAGAAAAGAGAAAAACUCAAAGUCACAGCAUUAAACGGUUGCCUUGAGGAAGCUGAGCGGAGACCUGUGAAAAGAUGAACGGACCGGUGGAUGGCUUGUAUGACAGCUCUCUCAGUGAAGAAGGGGCCUUCAUGUUCACCUCGGAAUCCGUAGGAGAGGGGCACCCUGAUAAGAUCUGUGACCAGAUCAGCGACGCGGUGCUGGAUGCCCACCUCCAGCAGGACCCCAAUGCCAAGGUGGCCUGUGAGACAGUGUGCAAGACGGGCAUGGUGCUGCUGUGUGGGGAGAUCACCUCCAUGGCCAUGGUGGACUACCAGCGGGUGGUGCGAGACACCAUCAAGCACAUUGGCUACGACGACUCUGCCAAGGGCUUUGACUUCAAGACCUGCAAUGUGCUCGUGGCACUGGAGCAGCAGUCCCCAGACAUCGCCCAGGGCGUCCAUCUGGACAGAAACGAAGAGGACGUCGGUGCUGGAGACCAGGGCUUGAUGUUCGGCUACGCCACCGACGAGACGGAGGAGUGCAUGCCCCUCACCAUCAUCCUUGCUCACAAACUCAACGCCCGGAUGGCAGAGCUGAGGCGCUCGGGGGUGCUCCCCUGGCUCAGGCCCGACUCGAAGACUCAGGUGACAGUGCAGUACAUGCAGGACAACGGCGCGGUCAUCCCCAUGCGCGUCCACACCAUCGUCAUCUCUGUGCAGCACAAUGAGGACAUCACGCUGGAGGACAUGCGCAAGGCCCUGCAGGAGCAGGUGAUCGGGGCCGUGGUGCCCGCCAAGUACCUGGACAAAGACACCAUCUACCACCUGCAGCCCAGCGGGCGCUUUGUCAUCGGCGGUCCCCAGGGGGAUGCGGGCGUCACUGGCCGGAAGAUUAUCGUGGACACCUACGGCGGCUGGGGGGCGCACGGUGGCGGGGCCUUCUCUGGGAAGGACUACACCAAGGUGGACCGCUCGGCGGCUUACGCUGCCCGCUGGGUGGCCAAGUCCCUGGUGAAAGCAGGGCUGUGCCGGAGAGUGCUUGUGCAGGUUUCCUACGCCAUCGGUGUGGCCGCGCCACUGUCCAUUUCCAUCUUCACCUAUGGAACCUCGCAGAAGACCGAGAGAGAGCUGCUGGACGUGGUGAACAAGAACUUCGACCUCCGGCCUGGCGUCAUCGUCAGGGACUUGGAUUUGAAGAAGCCCAUCUACCAGAAGACCGCGUGCUAUGGCCACUUUGGAAGAAGCGAGUUCCCGUGGGAGGUUCCCAAGAAGCUUGUGUUUUAGAGCCAGGAGCUGGCCUGGCCCCGGAGGCAUCUGGGCGGCCGCGUUCCUCUGUUCCCGGACCCCAGCUCCCAGGUCUCCCAGACCGAAGGCGCUGCGUGUGGCCAAGAGGGUGCCUUUCCCCACGCUCCCUCCUGGUCCUUGGACUUAGCCCUGUUCGUCAUCAUCACGAAUGGCAGGAAGCAGGCAGCUUCCCGGUGCUGAGGACAGUCAACGGGGUUCCCCUACCUCUUCCUCAGACUAAGGCAAUGCUCAUUUAGUAGAAAAACCAUCCCUCCAGGAGUUAAUCCCCGCCCUCGCCCCUCCACCCACCCCAGCCCAGGCCCUGACUGGCUCCUGCUCACUGUCUUCUGACGGGAGCCAAGGUCAGUGAAUCUCCCAGCUCUCCGGCCAGCGCCCUGAGCUAGGGUCCCCUGCCCCCUGGCCAGGCUGUGGCAGGCACAGGGCAGGGCUGACAUGGUCUGAGCUAACUAAGCACUAGUACCAUCUCUUCCUCAGUCCACGUGCUAGGAAGCACCUUUGUCACCUUGUUUAUAAGCGGGGAGAUGACACACAGACCAUCCGGGGAGCUUUCACAUGGUCCCACAGCCACAGUGUCAGGGCCUGGGCCCCACCCCCAAACUCGUUCCAGAGCCAGGUCUGAGCCGUGGGGACACAGAGUGCAGCGAGGCUGGGCCUUUGGCCUACUGACUCGAGGUUGCUGCGAAUCAGGGGAUUAGCCACCGGCUCUUGGGGAGCCCUGGGCAAUGACCUGCAAAGUCAGGGCAGAAACAAAGCAGUUCCAUUUGCCUCAUUGAUACCAGGAGACGGUUCAGGGUGAGCUGGCUGGGCUGGAGCCUGGAGUUAAGAGGCAACCAUAUAACCCAGCCCCUGAUGCUCAGGCUCAGGCAGGGCUGGGCUGUGUGGGCCUCGGGUCAGUGGCCCGAUUCCAGUCCAGUCCCAAGUCCCACAUGUCUCAUAUUCAGUGUGACCUCGGGGGCAGGACUUGAAGCCCAGUGGUGGACAAGUUGGCCGAGAUGUCAUGGGAGAUUCCGUGUUGUCAGGUGGCUUCUGGGGCGGCAGGUCCACUCCCGAGGAACCCAAGGCGUCCUCAGUGCGACAGGGUCUUAGAAGUUGUCUGCUCACCUGCCUCUCCAUCCAUGGCCAGUACCCCCCACCCACCCGUGCUCAGCCUGGGCCUCUGGCACCACCCACCCACCUGUCCUCAGCCUGGGCCUCUACCUUCAUCCCAGCUCCCAGACCACAGGCUCAGGGAGGGCCUCCACGGGGACCGGGCUCCUAUCCGGGCACACGGAGCUGGCUCUGGUGGGGCAGCAGCCGGAUGCCUCACGUGGCACGGACAGCCUGCUCCUGGGCUCUGGGCCUGACCCAAGACCCCAGGGCUUCUCUUCCCACAGGGAAAGGGCACUCCAGGGCAGGAGCAGAGCCCCAGUUACCCCCAACCCCAGAGCUUGUGGGGCCACAGGGAGCUCUGCUCCCCCAUUCCCCGAAAGCUGCAGGUGCUGUUCAGGAGAGGGAGGCGCACUUUGCAGGUGGCGGAGUUCCUCUAACUCGGGUAAUAUUUGAAGUGAAAAUUGGAAUUUUAUACCUUCCUCACCCCUGGAGGAGCAAGAUCUUCUUUUUCUCUGUUGUUUAUACAGAGCCUAUGGGCUCCUGCUGGGCAGUGAAUAAAGACCAGCAGAGCAACUCUCUACACUUAGUCGUUUUUGUCUGCAAAGCCUCUGAAACCUCCCCUCCGAGUGGCGUCACCUGGUUCCCCCAUGGCUCAGCAAAGUGGGGGUCCCCCCUUGGCAGUCCCCUAAAGUGGGCCUUCAGCUAUUGGGCACAUGGCGCCCGUCCAGCACGGAUUGACGUUUCCUCACCCACCAGCUGCUAUGUUGUCACUGCACUGCCAUAGUCACUCUGUACCACGGGCCACCCAGGCACACGGCCGAGGAAACCACGUGCCACGGGGAGAACCUGAGGCCCAAGGAGGGUUGGAAAUGUGCCCAACCUCAGAUCGCCAGGCGCUGGUGCCCGUAGUCCUGGCCCGUUUCAUCCUUCUGCCCCGCCUGCAUAUUAUAUACAGUAGCCUGGCAUUGAGGGUGGGGGGUGAGGGCUGUAUUUGUCCAAUGGUUGGAUGAGCAGAGUGGAGGUAGGGGCCUUUAAAUGGUGCUCGCUCCCCUUUCACACAUUGUGUGAGGAGAACGAGCAGGUGGUUAGAGAUGGUCACGGCAGCAGCCUCCGGGGUGUGGUCCUGAGGCCCGCACAUAGCAGGUACGGAGGUGGGACCUGUUUCCUACAAGCGCACGGUGGGCAGAGGCAGCUCUGGGGAAGCGUCACGGGCCAGCUGAGGCAAAGCCUGGGUGAGGAGGCUUUGGUGAGACUCUGGCCUGAGAGAGGCUGACCCAGGGUACCAGCAAGGGCAGGCGAACAGAAAUGUGACAGAGACGAGGAGAAAACCACAGUCAGGAGGGUCCCUCUGUGCCCUGAGAAGCCACUACGUGAGCCAUUCAGUGAAAUGUGUUUCUUAGGAAGUAACACAUGUUCCCCAAGCACAUCUAUAAACAAAAGCACUCAGAGCACAUUGGAAUGCUUGCCUGUGGGAACGUGGUGAAUGAGUGGGCAGAAAGGCCAAAUAAUCAGUGGGAGCGAGAUCGGAGCCAUGAAGCCUCAGUGUCGAAAUGUCAGGGAAAUGUAGCAAAGGAGAUGGCGAGGGAGGGCCUGUGGGGGAGGAGGAGAGUAGGGGUGUCCAUGAAAGCCAAGUGAAGACUGUUUCUAGGAUGAAGGAGGGGCCACCUGUGUGAGAUGGUCCUGAUGGGUUAGAUGCGUGAGGCCUCUGCCCAUUGACUUUCGCGCCUCGUGGAGGUCAUUGGUGACUUGGGAAAGGGCAAAGUCAUUAACAAUACAUGGUCACAUGGUAACCCUUUAGUAUCUCCCAUACAUUCUGAUUAGAGUUCAAGGGGCAUGACUAAGCUGUGACUGCCCCAUGUUCCUAUCCAUCACCCAUCAGUUUACCCUCACUCUGGGCUUCAUUCCCACCCCCAUUCCAGACUCCCUGUCUUCCAGACUCCUUGUCUUCUUUGGCUUCCCCAAAUAGGCCCAGCUAUUCCUGCCUCAGGACCUUUGCAUAUGACAUUCUCUCUGUGAUACUCUUCUCCAGCCUUUGAAUGGAUGUUCCAGCUCAUCCUGUAGGUUUCAGAUGAAAUUUCUCUGUUUCUGAAAGCCCAUUCCUUGAUAAGCUCCCUUUUCUAUUUUCAGUUUUUGGUUCAGUGUUUAACAAAAUGUAUAAAUAUGUAUUUCCUUGUUUAACCAUAAGAAUCUACGUAACUUAUAAUAAAUAACUUUAGCAAGGCUCCUGGAUGUAAAGUAAAUAUUGAAAAGUCAAUUGUAUGCAAAUAUCUACACUAAUAAAAGAGAAAGAUGCAAAUUAACCAUCA